AUGAAUACUGUAAUACUUCGUGUAUGCAAAAUAUUACUUUUCUUUGUAAUUUUUAUGGGUUUUAUUGAACAUGUUGUCAUUGCUAGUAGCCCUAAAAAAUUACAAAUUGGUGUUAAAAAGCGACCUGCCGAAUGUCCUACGAAAAGUAAGAAAGGAGAUUUACUUCACAUGCAUUACACGGGUACCCUUGAUGAUGGAACAGAAUUUGAUAGUUCAAUACCAAGAGGAAAUCCUCUAACAUUUACACUGGGGGCUGGACAAGUCAUAAAAGGAUGGGAUCAGGGAUUGAUAGGCAUGUGUGAGGGAGAACAACGCAAACUAGUAAUUCCAUCAGAGCUUGCCUAUGGAGAGGCUGGUGCUCCACCUAAAAUUCCAAAAUCAGCAACACUUACAUUCCAUGUUGAUUUAGUAAAAAUUGAAAGAAAGGAUGAGCUUUAA